UUUAUUCCUAGACCUGGACUGAACACACGUGACGGCUGUUUCUGAAAUAAAGUGAUUGCCGUACAUAUUAACUGCAUUAUAGCCUUGCAUAUAGUAGAAACGCGGGGCUGUAUGUAUCAGAGAUAUUUCUGCGCUGCUUUCUAUGAGUCAGUGGAGCUGAGCUGCUCAUUUGAGCAGGUGGGACUAUUGUGUUGCAUCACAGUUUAAAGUUAGACACAAGUCAGACACUGCACAAUGUGCCAGGUGGACGAAGACUACCAUGGUCCCCUGCAGCGCGCUGAGGUGCCCAGUGUUUCUAAGAAAUGUGUGAAAUGCAAAGAGGCGACUGCAGCUGUGGUGAUCAGAGCAGGAGAUGCAUACUGCAGGGGCUGUUUCAAGGAAUACUUCAUCCAUAAAUUCAGAGCCAUGCUGGGCAAAAACAGGGUCAUUUUUCCUGGAGAGAAGGUGCUGCUGGCUGUAUCUGGAGGUCCUUCAUCCUGCUCAAUGCUCCGUCAAGUCCAAGAGGGUUUGAGUCACAAUGCUCACAAGAAGUUGAGAUUCUUACCCGGUGUUGUCUUCAUUGAUGAGGGUGGAGCUGUGGGUCAGUCUGUGGAAGAGAGACAAAGGACGGUGGCGGAGCUGCACGCUGUGUUCAAAGCUACGUCUUUCCCCUUCCACAUGGUGCCUCUGGAACAGGUUCUGGACCUUCCCAGUUCAGUUGUGGUGACGGCUGCAUCACCUUCAGAGCGAGCAGCCAGCGCCUACAAAGCAGCCGUGGAUCACUUCAUUCAGAGCGACACCACUAGCUGUGUGACUCCACGGCAGCAGGAGGAAACAUUGCUGCCCGAUGUUCAGGAGUCCCACACGCACUCACUGCAGCAGCUCAUCGGAUCUGCUAAGACACUGACGGCAAAAGAAGAGCUGCUGAACACAUUGAGGCAGCAUCUGCUGGUGCAUACAGCGCGCACUGAAGGCUACAGUAAAGUGAUGCUGGGGGACAACUGCACCAGACUGGCUGUUAAACUGCUGAGCAGCAUUUCGCUGGGCAGAGGAGCACAGCUGGCUCAGGACACGGGUUUCUCAGACUCCAGGUAUGGUGACAUCAUGUUACUGAGACCAAUGACGGAGUACUCCGCUAAGGAAAUAGCUUAUUACAACCGUAUGUUCAGAGUGCCAGCGGUCUUCACAGCCAGCCUGGAUACUAGGACUGCAGACAAAUCCAGCAUCCAGCACCUCACGGAAAGCUUUGUCAUCAAGCUCCAGGCAGACUUCCCCUCCACUGUCAGCACCAUCUACAGGACGAGUGAGAAGCUGCAGACCGCCUGUAGGAGCUCGUCCACAGAGGAGUGCUGGGACAGAUGUCUGCUGUGUGUGUGCGCGCUGGACACUGCUGCUGAGAAUGCUUCAGCCUUCAAGGCCACACUGAUCUCAGAGCAGCUCUCGCAGAGUAAAUCACCAAAAGCUACAAGACCAAACCCAGAAUCAACGGCUCCCGCUGGACAGUGCUGUUCCCCCGCAGGAGGAGGGGAUUGUGGGAAAGCAGCAAGUGAUGGAGGCUGCUGUUCGUCUGCUAAAGCACCAGAGACGGCCCAUCUGAGGAGCCUGCUGUGUUACAGCUGUCAGCUGACCAUCAAAGACAUGGGCUCCAACCAGUCAUCUGUGGAACAUCUCCCGCAGUACAUCCUGUCAGAGGCUCAGAGGAGGCGAAGGAGGUCUCAGAUGAGACAGGAGAUCAGAGACUUCCUGCUGGAUGAAGCUGAUGAAGGCUGAACGUUCACCUCCAGCAGUCAACACAAUGAAAUAAGAUACCGCUGCUUAACAAAAUUUUCUCUCUCUCUCUUUUUUUUUAAUUGAAAGGCUGGUAUAAAAGUGUUGUUUGAAGUAUAAAGCACACGUGCUUCCAGAUAAAACUGUUGGAAAUCAGUGUCACACAGAAAAUGUGUUAAUGCUGUUAUAAUAAACCUAAAGCUGUUUUAAAGCCAUUAAAAUGCAUUCUUUCUGUGCUGGUGACUCAUUAAAAACGAAUAAAACUUUAAAAUAUU